AUGUCUUCCCUCAAAUCCUUUCCUCCCAUUAGAGCCGUCCGGACCUUUGUAAUAGAUGGUGUUGGUUCUGGUGGCGACUAUCACAAUGUCAAAGGCGGCCACUGGCUCAUCGACAACAAGAUUGCCACCCCAAUGUCCAAAUGGGAACAGUAUCGCCAGUCCAGAACUUCCUUUGGUAUCAAUGUUCUAGGUUCGUUCUGUGUCGAGAUUGAAGCCAGUGAUGGGACCAAAGGGUUUGCCACGGGUUUCGGAGGACCACCCGGCUGCUGGUUGGUUCAGCAACACUUCGAACGAUUCCUCCUUGGCCGAGAUCCUCGAGAUGUGAAUGACAUGUACGAGCAAAUGUACAAUGCCUCCAUGUUCUAUGGGCGGAAGGGUCUUCCCGUCGCAGUCAUCUCCGUGAUUGAUUUGGCGCUCUGGGAUUUGUUGGGCAAAAUCAGGAACGAACCGGUGUACAAAAUGAUCGGUGGAGCCACCAGAGAUAAACUGAGCUUUUACUGCACCGGGCCUGACCCUGCCGCCGCAAAGAAGAUGGGGUUCAUGGCCGGAAAGGUCCCUCUUCCUUACAGCGCUGGAGAACCCGGCAGCCUGCAAAAGAACAUCGCGUUUCUGAAGAAACACCGAGAAGAUGUUGGCCCCGAUUUCCCAUUGAGAGUCGACUGCUGGAUGUCUUUGAAUGUUCCUUAUACCAUUGAGCUCGUGUCUGAGGCCAAGAUGCAAGAUAUCAGAGUAGACUGGUGGGAAGAAGUCCUCUCACCAGAUGACUUUGACGGGUUCCAAUUGCUGAAGAGGGCACAUCCUGACACCAAAUUCACCACAGGCGAACACGAAUAUUCUCGAUAUGGAUUCCGCAAACUCCUCGAAGGUCGAAACGUUGACAUCAUCCAACCCGACGUGAUGUGGCUGGGAGGACUCACCGAGCUUCUCAAAGUCUCCUCCAUGGCCUCUGCUUAUGACAUCCCAGUGGUUCCCCACGCCUCUGGCCCCUACUCGUACCACUUCGUCGUCAGUCAGCAUAAUUCACCCUUCCAAGAAUAUCUGGCCAACAGCCCCGAUGGAAAGAGCGUUCUUCCCGUUUUUGGCGAUCUGUUCUUGAAUGAACCCAUUCCGACCAACGGGUAUUUGGACGUCAGUGUUCUUGAUAAACCUGGGUUUGGUCUGGAACUGAACCCCAACGCGAGAUUAGUCGAUGCCACAGGCCUAUUAGGAAUACGGCCACAGAAGUCAUUGACGCUGCCGGAACAAAAAGAGGAGAUCGAGAUCAAUGGUGAUCAUACAGUGGCGAAGACCACCGGAGCAUUGGCUGCUCGGUAG